UUGCACUAUUUUCUAGUAUGAUCAACUUCCUGUUUGCAAUGCGGUCUCGUUUCCAAACAAAAUUUGAAACAUUUUUACUCCAAAUUUUUAUUAAUAUUGAAGUCAAUUAUGGAUAAAAGAUUGUUAUUUAUAUAGAUUAAGAUAAAUAUAUUAUCAGUUUACAUAUGCAGAACAAAUGGAUACCAAUUUAAGAACUCUUAUGGGUAUUGCCCAGAAAUAUGGAGCUAAAGAUCCAAACAACAGUCUCCAGCAAGUGUACGACCAGCUGAGAAAUGUAGCUCAGUCCAAACCAACAAUUGAUGCACCAGAACCAUUUGGCCAGGAGUUGUAUGUCUUAUGUGCUGAGAUUGCCUUUCAGCAUGGGAAACUUGAUAUGGCCAAAGAUUGUUUGAAGAUGUACUUCAUAAAACCUCCUCCAGCAAACCAGUUCCUGUGUAGAGCAUACCUCUGUCAGUCUCAAUUAUUGGCCCCAACAUCAGCUGAUAACCCUGAACAACUUGAGAAGGCUGUAGUGUACCUUGUGAAAGCAAUCAACUUUGCUAAGAAAAACCCAAGGUAUCAUUUCCUAGUAUACAAUGCAUCAGUGUUGUAUUGGCAAUUCUGUCGUCCAUUCUUAAAGCCUAAUUUCCGUCGUUUCCUAGCACACAGUCUCCAUGAGGUUGUUAAGGCCCUGGAUGAUAUUGAUGACCAGGACUUUGAAUGGAGAGCAACUCUCAUCAUAGCCCUUAUUGAGUGUCAUCUGGAUGCAGGACGUAAGAAAGAUGCAGAAGCUGUAGGACUGGCUGCUGCUAGCUUCAUACGUUCCAAUGUCCCAAGCAUGUACAAACGAGUGUUUGGAAUGCUGAUCCAGAAGCAGUUAAUGCCUGUCGAGAAACUCCACAGAGAUGUUCAGAAGUCUCCUGAACUGGCUGUUUAUUAUAAGAUAUGUCGUCUUAAAGUGGGCCUGGAAGCGAGGGAAGUGAAGGAUAUCUUGUGGGAGUUGAGACGCAUUUACAUUAUGAUUGUGGAAGGACGUGAACCAAAGGAACUCCCAAAAGAAGGGAGGAAAGAUCGCGAAGGCAGACGGUCAGUGACACCUGGUGGCUCAAUCAUGGAGUCAGAAGGAAGAAGAAGUGGUAAAAGAGUUGAGCACAUACGCACCCCAACACCCCCAUUUCCAAAGAGAUUUCAGCUGGAGGCUGAUGUUAGGCCCCACCUGUUGAUGGAGCUGGCACGUAUGUGUUUGGAGCAGAACCAGGCUGACCUUGCCCAGGACUGUGUUCUACAAAUCAGGGAGUGUGUAAUCAAGGAGCCUGACAUCUUUAUUGAGUUAGAGUUUGUGAAUGCAGAAUUGAUGGUGAAGCUUUUGAGAGACAAACAGCAAUCAUACCAGAAAGGAUAUGUUGAAGUGCGACUCCAAGCUAUUAAGAAAUGCAGUGAGGCCCUAAUGAAUGCUAUACGUGCCAACAACCCUCAUGUUAUACAAGCAGGCUGUGUCACACAGUGGAAUCUUUGCUUACCACUACUGCAAAACAACCUCAGGAAGAAUGCCAGGAAACCACUGACACUUGUUGCUGAGGCCUUGGAGAAUAUACAAAGUUUGCUUGUGCUGUUGAGGUGCCAGGUGCAUACAGAGCUUGCAAAAUGUGAAGAAGAUGAAGAACAAAUUGUAGUUGCCAUGGAGCACUUGAAGAAGGCUCUCAGCUUAGAUGAUGGUGGUGUAUACAGAGAAAGACUUGAGGUGAUGUUGCACAGACUUCAACUCAGAGCCCAGCUCUAUGAGCAGCCAGAGAGGCCAGAAGACCAAGCUGCUAUGAUAAUAGAACAGGCUAGAAAGGCAGAUUCUGGUACGAUUCGCAUGAAGAGAUCUCUCCUUGUGCGUGCUGGUUUAGCCCUUGCCCCAGAUGCUUUCCAGCUAGUUCUCGACAGCGAGAAUGAAACAAAAGUUCAAGUAUCUGGCAAUGUUAAGGGUCCAGUGAACAAGGCCUUUCAGAAGGUCUACCAGUUGGCAGGGAGGGCCAGGCAGUUUGAGAAGAGCAUCAAGAAAGCGGCAGGUCACCUAAAAAGACUUGGAGAUGAAAAUGAUCGUGAAAGAGCACGUCUAUGGGGUGAUUUGGCCAAAGUUGCUCGCAAACAGGAGGUUUGGGAUGUCUGCCGUGUAGCUAGCAGAUUCUGUAUUCUCUAUGACGACAGCAGAUGGAAAUCCAAUUUGCCAGAUGAAAAAAUCUCAAAAUCAAAGCGGUCCAAUACAAUUGUGAGGGAGACUACCCAAGCACGAGAUAAUCUUGCCGAUGUUGAUACUAGAACAGAGGCCUCCAUGGAGUCUAGUGCUACAUUGCAAGCUGAAGGGACAGAUCUAGGAGCCUCGGGCAGUAGAAAGAAGAAAGGGGACAGUAGACCAGGAAGCCCUACAAGGAAAGAAGUAGGACUCUAUGACAGAGAUCUGGUCCGCAUGUUAGCUGAAGUUCACUUUAUAUAUGGAGAGGGUAUGGUACAUCUGUUGAGGUCCCAGGGUGUUGAGCUUAAUGAUAUCCCUACUGCCCCCAAGGACACAAGUAAACAUCCUAAAGGGUACAUCCCCAAGAAGCCAGCUGAUGAUCCUGAGUGGGCGGAAUACUGUGAUUGGAUACGCUCUCUCAGUAAGUGUGCCCAGGAAAGCUUCAUGAGGGCUUCUGUGUUAGGGUCAGAACUGAAGGAGCCAUGGAUCCUCUGCAGUGCUGCGGCAUACAUCUGGAACUACAAUAACCACAUUCUCACCCAGUUCAGGCAUAGGGAGAUCUUAGAUAUCAUGAUUACAGUGCUAGAAGGCAUCAGAGCAGUUGGGCAUGCUGGGGAGACAACUCUACUGACUAACCUGUGUAAUGCUAUAGCACAGGGUCUCAUUCUGCCCUGGAUUCCUGUGGAAGAAACUAAAGAUGGCACUGUCAUCACAGCUAUGACUGAUGAUGCAUCGGCAGUGGGCUCCAAAGCAGAUAUAAAGAAAAAGCAAUCUGUUCUUGGCUCCAUGUCUAAAGGCAAAAUACAACUUCAAAUUCCCGCUGAAGCCAAUGAUGAUUUGAAGAAAGCACUCUCGACAUGUAAGUUUGGCCUUGAUGUGACAAAUGGCAGCAUACCCACCAACAUGGUGCCGAUAGCCAUCAGGCAGCCAUUGCUACAGACUUGGGUGAAGGUGAAGCAGAUGAUCAACCAACAGAUUGACAAGAAGCUUGGUACUGAUGAUGAGGAGAGUAAGGAAGGACAGAAGCCAAUGACUAGGUGUAUCGUUGCUACGGAGAUGCUUACACUGAACGGCAAUGGCCUCAUGGAGUUCAGAGAAGGACCCAAUCUUGCUGAGACUGUUGAAAUGGUAUCUGAGUGUGAAUGGGCUGAUAAGCUGGUUGAGCUUCAGAUAUGGACCCGUCUCUCAUCUCUGGCUCACUCCCUUAAGGACCAUGAACAUGUGAUGUUGUGUAGCAACAAGGCCCUGGCAUUUGCAGAUGUAGGCACACAGCCAAAGGGAAAGACUGCAGAUAGUCACAAGGCUAUGGUUGAACAGGAGAUGCUAUGCUUUGCUAGUUGCAUUCAGGGACAGAGUCUCAUGGAGAAUAUGGCUGGCAGUAAUGCUGUCAGGAGGCAGGCAUUGGCUGCUUUUCUCAACAGUGCAAGGUUUGCACGUAAUGCGAACAAUGCCAAGCUUGUGAUGACAGCAGCAAGGCACUACUGGAACAGUGUUAUUCCCCUGGUAAAGCUACCAAUGGAGAGAGAGCUACUCAAGGAACCUCUCAGGAUGAUGCUACAAUGCAUCAAUGCUACUGCACCAAAGAAGAUUGUCAAAGAGGAUAAGGGCAGUGAUGAUGAGGGUGAGACUGGUGGAGAGCCAGGUCUAGCUGCACUGAAGGAAGCAGCUGUAACAACUGGUGCAGGGGACCCUGAUGAUGACAUAGCUCUACGUGCAGCCCUCUAUGGUGUCAUGUUCCAGUCAUAUGCUGACUCUGGGGACUGGGAGAAUGGCCUAAUGGAGAUGGAACAGGCUGUUAAUGAUAUGCCAAGGACAAAACAUAGACUGUUGAUCUUCAAGCAUCUGAUCAUAGCAAAAGCAAAGACAGGGAAGAAUGUUGGAAUGAGCAUUCAGAAAUUCCAAAAUGAGAGUGAGGACUAUGUGGCGCAUAUGUGGCGCAGGGUGGCACUAUGUUCCAAGGAACAACUAGAGCAGCUUGAGGCCUACCAAAAAGCUAUUGAGGCCUUAGAGAGUGAGCCAACCCAAUGGCAGAAGUUUGACUACUUGUUAGAGUUUGGCCAAUGGCUUUAUUGUAAUGAGUUCCCUCUAAAUGAUGCCCUUGACCAGCUGGAGUGGACCAUAGAUAUACUGCUGAAUAUGAAGUUUGAAAGGCCCUCAACAAGGCAAUCUCAGAGAGGUGGAGAAAGGGGGAGUAAAGCUGCCAAGGGUUCAAAGAAGAAAGGCAAGAAAGAGCGUGGGAAGACCCCUCCACCCCCAGCCUCUGGAGGACAAAAAGCAAAGAAGUCCACAUCCAAAGACAAGAUUGCUGAGAAAGAAAGGAUGGCAAAGGAAGAGGAAGAAAAACUCAAAGCUGCAGAGGUGUCCAGCCAGAAGACCAGUGACUCUGAGAGUGAACUGAAUGCUGCAGACUUCAUCCCUGUUGUCAAAGAGAGUAUAAUAGGUAUUGUCCCCAGCAACUCUGGGUUGACCCUCAAUGACUUGAUAGAUGUGAAGCAGCUUGAGGGGCUAGUGAGAGGGCACACCAUGCUGGCCCAACUUUCUGGAAGGGCCUCAGAGAAACACCAGGAUUAUGCACUGCAGGCAUAUGGCUUCCUCAUGAAAAUAUGGCAGGUAUCCCUGCAGGCAUCUGGGCCCGUAGUGAAGGAGAUAGUAAAGAAUAAUAUAUUAGCAGAGGCUGAGAAGAAGGAAAAGGGAGGAUCAGCUAAGAAGAAGAAGGAUAAGGACAAUAAAGAGGAGAAGAAAGAUAAGCCAAAGAGGAAGGGUCCUUUGGAGCACCUGCCACAGAAUGUAGAGGAAUGGUCAACCUAUGAUGUCCCUGAAGAGGUCUUGGAGGCAUUCAAACAUGACUCCAUCAAAGGUGCAGGGGUCAAUGAAAAAACAAUUGCAAAGCCCAUGCUGACAUUCUAUUAUCUUGAAGAACUUGUAUCCCAAUUACGAUCUUUGGGCUACAACCAUUUAGCUCUUCCUGUACUGUCCUUUGCUGAGUUGGUUGCCAAGGACAUCAUAAAGAGUCGGCCCCUUUCUGCUCUUUGUCAUUUUAAGUGUAUGGAAGUGUGUCUGGAACUGAACCUGCUGUCUGCUGCUUCGUUACAUGAGAAAGCCGCUCACGUUUUCCUUCAUGAAGAGGAACAAGCCAAGGCUCGUGGAGAGACAAUCAUCUGGCAGGAGAAUCAAAGACAAGUGUCCAAGGAGGAAAAGAGAGUAAAGGAAUCCCUGGAGAAGCUAGCCAUUGAGAGCAAGUCUCUGUCACGUAGACCAACAAGGGCUAAUGUUACUGCACCAAAUGUUAACCCUCCAAAGGUCCCUGAUGAACAGAGUCCUUCUCACUUGGGUAAGCAGAUCAGCGGAGUAGAGAUAAGGGAUGUAUGGACAGAAACUGCUAUUGUGCUUAUUAGACAGCAUAUGUAUCAGCCAGCGAGGAACCUGUUGAAUGAAGCCUACCAGUCGGCCAAGGCUUUCAAUGACAAACAGCUCUUAGGAAAGGUUCUCACUUUGUUUGGUCAGCUUGCUUACAAUGAGGCUCAGUUUGGUCAGGCCAUUAACUUUGCCAAUGAAGCACAGAGCUGUUUUGAAGGAGAUGAGAUGUAUUGGUUUGAAACGACAAUGUUGGUUGCUGAAUCAGCCAUGGCAGAUUAUGCUCUGAAGCAUGAUGGGAAACGUAAAGCACGUAAUAUCCUCACUCAUGCGCUGAAUGUGUUUUCCAUCAUAGCUGAGGAGAGACGUAACAAACCAAGUAUUACUGGUUACAUCCUGGCAAAGAUUGAAGCCAAACUUGGUGAAGUACAGGCAGCUAUAACAAAGGAGGACUGGAAUACCCUUAAGCCUAAAGUUGUCAAUGCUCUCUCUAGUGCUUGCAAGAAAUACCAACAUGGCAUAGACCGGCUUGUCAAGCUGGGGUAUAAGAGGGAGGCCCUCCCCCUGAUGAAGGAAGAGGCCAGGAUAUUAAUACACCUUGCUCAGAAGUCUCGUCACAUUUCCUUCAAACAUGACUUCUAUCUUCAGGCUCUUGAUGUCUUAAAGGAAGCCAACUAUGUGGCUGAAGAAGUGAUGCAUAAUAUACAGACUCUCAACCCAUUAUUUGAACUGCGCAAUGUGAGUCUACCUAUACAUCGUGAGGCUGCUGACAUUAAGGUGAUGUAUGGUGAGGUUAUGGUAGAGAUGUUCAAACAGCAUGCUACUGAGACAAGGGAGAAACAGCUGGAGGAGGAGAGAAAGGAAGCAGUUGUCAAGUUAGUUGAGGAGAUGACCAGAGAGACGCCUAAUUAUACUGAUGUAGAACAGGACUGGCUUGACACUACAAAGGUUGUUGCUGAGACUGCAGUGAUUGAACUGACCGCAGCACAUAGCCUCAGUGGCAACAUCUCACACCUUAAAGCUAGAAGUCUCUGUGCACUUGGUACAUGUCUUAGACUCAUGGCAGAAUAUACAAGUCCUGACCAGCCUAAAUUAUGGGAUGUUGACAACAUGAACAUCAUCAACAAUGUUGGGUCACAGCCUAAUCUUGCUCAAGAGAAGACAGAUGAUGAAGCAGAUGAAAGUGCUGAUGCUCCACAACUGACACGUCAAGAGACAAAGAUGAUGCACGAGGCAUCAAGGAUGAGCACCUCCACUGCAAUGAGCCAUCAUUACAUGAGCCAAGCCACAGAGUGCCUCACACAGACCCUACACAUUGCCCUACAGAAAGGCUACACUGAGAUUGCUGGUGCAGCUUCAUUGCAGUUGGUUGAGUGUUGUGGCCAGUAUGACCCUUCUUCUACAAGCCAGUACCUAGCAUUACAUCAGAGCUGCCAGGCUGCCAUCUAUAUGAAAGGUCUGUUAGACGUUGCCCAGAAAGACCCCACAAUAUCACAGCAAGCUGCCAUGAUGCACCAGAAAACCAAGAUUGAGAAGAUGGAUGUAACAACUAAUCUAUCUCAGGGCUCAACCAUGAAAACCAUACAGAAGACAUUACAAGAUAACUCAGUACCUUGGAACAGACUAAGUAUUUCAGCAAACCACCUGGAGAUCAUCAAGGAAUUUCCACCAUAUUUCAAUAUCAUUGUUAUGCAGCAUUCACCUGACAGACAUUACUUGUAUGGGGCCAUCCUGGACAAGCCUAAGCCUGCCCAUGCUGGAGGGAAAGAAUCCAAGAAGAAUGCACAGUUACAAGGCCUAUCUAAGGCUAAAGUUGUCCGCAUUCCAACCAGUCCAGAAUCAGUGGACAGGAUGUGUCAGCGUGCAAAGGACCACAGGAACAAUGUAAUGACCAUACUGUUGAAGCAGGAGUACCAGAGGAGUCAACAGGCUAUGAGGCAGAAAAUGCUGGAGAACCUCGAUGAUGAUCUCAAACAUACUGGCAUGACCCCCUUUCACGAGGAGAUGGUUGAAGAUGAAGACCAGCUAGAGAAUGAGUUCAAAGAUAUAGUUACAGACCUGGAGACAUACAUAGAUCCUAUUAUCAAACACUUUGACACAAACAUCAGACCCCAGAGUUCCACAACUGAUGGCAAGGGUCGUAAAGACAAGGAUCAUGACAAGAACCAGGAUGCUUGCAACCAAGAAUAUAUAGUUCUAUUGGCAGAUCAGUGGCUACUGGAACUCCCUCUAGAGGCUGUUCAAAGACUACAGGCAGACAAUAUAUCAUCACUAAGCAGGGAUAUUUCACUACAGAUGAUGUACCACAGGCACCAUGAGGACACCGGAGAAGAUGAGAGUCCCUCUCACGGUAAGGACAAAGAUGACAAGAAGGAGAAGAAGAAAGAGAAGUCUAAAGAAAAGGAGAAGGCCUACAAACCUCCCCCAAGGAUACCUGGUCUUAGAGAUGCAGCCAAGAAACAGAAUAAGAUCAUCCCCCUGGACAGACCUUUAGCACCUGGCCUGACACCUGUAGACACACAUGCCUUCAGAUAUGUAUGUGACGCCUACUGUGACUGUGCAGAGACUGAGACUCAUGCUCCACUGGAGAUCUUUCACAGGAUGAUGGAAGAGCAUGUCACUCAGUUUACACCCAGGUGGCUUGGGGUGGAGGGCACAGAGCACUCCCCAAGUGUUGGGGAGUUUGAGAUCUACAUGAUAGAGGGCAGUGCGUUUGUGUUCUAUGGUAUGGAGCGGUUCAUGUCCUACAUCACUCCACAGAAACUGGCAUCGCUCAGUAUUCCUGAGAAUUGUCUGGUAAUGUUAUUUGACCUGGCACAGACAAGCAAGAGUUUUACCAGGCAGUCUAGUGGAGAUGUACUAAAAAGCAAUGACAUCAUGCACCUGGAGCGCCCCCUGGAGACAGCCAUGCUGCUCAGUCUAACAGGAGUGAAGUGUGUCAUGUCCAACCAGUGGCACUGUACUCUAAUGGAGAAUGCUGAUAGGCUGGAAGCAUCAAUGAGAGACCUACUCCCAAAAGGCAAAUCUACCGGACAGGUUGCUCGCUAUUUACUCUCACCAGCCAAACGAAGGUCAGAUGAGCUGGAAGCAGAAAGAUUGAAAGAGGAGGCAGAAAACAAGAACAAAACUGGUGACCCUGACCCCAAGGCCAAAGGUCAUGAAGCAGACGGACAGGAAGUUGAUGAUGAGGAGGAAGUAGAACCAGUGGAGCCACCUAUGGAACCAAACAGGUCUUGGUACAACAUGGUCUGCUAUGGCAUGCCAAACAUUGUUGUCACUCAGCUCUCAAAAUAAAUCAUGGACAUCUAUUUGGACAUACAUAUGAAUAUGUAUACCGUAUAUACAUUGGUUACCCUAUGGUUUACGAUACUCAUUAGUGUUACCACAGAUUCUUAUCAUUUUUAAGAUGAAACUGUGGAUUCAAAAUAUUUGGAAAAAGAAAGACUGUUUGUGUUUUAUAUUAUAAUUAUUGAGGAUUUUAAUGGCUGAAUGAAUGGCCCAUACGCCCCAUAGAUGUCAUGACAAGACAUUUGCUAGUCUGGUAAAAUGAUGUGCACUAACUAUACUUGUAGGUAUAAACUAUUGCUGAAAGCUGUGUACUAUCUGAUAUCAAUCCGUCCAUCAAUCAAUUGUGAUAUUAUAUAAUGUAUAUUUAAAGUUUUAUUAUAAGUUUUCCAAAUAGUAUUUAUGUUUUAUUGCACUAUUUACAAAAGUUUGAAUAAAAUGCAAUGCAAU